AUGAGCCUGGCAGGUCAAGGUUGCAAACAUGCAACCGGAACAUUAAUUGCCUAUCAGAAAAAGAGUUGGCAAAACGGAGAUAAGCUCCUGUUAAUUAUGAAGCUGCAGGUGAUUCAAUAUCAUGCACGCCGUGGCUGUAGGAUAGCUUAUGGGAAACUAUUCGGUAAAUCUUUUGAGAAAAUGGUCAAGCUUUCAGAAACACUUGAACAGUUGUUGAUACUGGCCCAGCACACCUUAAAAGCAACCUUUGGGGAUUCGCCGGUCCAUCACGACUCCGACAUCUCCGUUGGAACUUUAAGGAUCAACUAUCUCAAGAUAGAACAACCCCUCCCAUCGUCACCCCCUGUAUUAUGGUUCUGGCUUCAAGGCACGACUCGAGACGCUUGGCCAACCUUGGGAGUUAGCGAACCAGUUCUCAUAGCGCGAAAAUGCUCUCGCCCUUUUUUUGUUCCAGCUGAACAACACUCAUGCAUCGCCCAAGCUUCAGCCUUGUGUCUCUCCCUCUUCUCCAGCCCUAGCGGCUAUGGAGGAUUUUGGAGAAAGAGGAUCCUUUUCCGGGUCAUUGGCUUGACCCAUAGAUUCGACAUCUCAUCCUCAGUUCCCCUGUCCUUCCACUACAGCAUCAGAGCACCUAAAGUGAAUAUUUCCCAUCAUUAUGCACCUUCAUCACUCGUUCAACCUCGGCCUGUUCUCAAUAUAUUCAAUGUUGAGCCGCCACAAAUGCCAAUCUUCGGCCCAAGCUACAUUGUUGAAGAGAGACCUGACUGUGCUGUUCUCAAGACGCACGGUUCUUCUCUCGAAGAUGCAUCGGACAAGAAAGGUAUAGCCGUUGCGCAAGAUCGAGGAGCUCCGGUGCUACCUAACCGCAGUAUUGAGAAGUAUAAAGGCCAAGCAAAUGAGCAAAUGUAUCCCUGCGGCGUUUGUGGCAUUAAGCUGAGAUCGCCAUGCGAGCUCGCUUUUUCUAGCAUGGGCGCGGAACCUUCAAAUCCCAAUCCCAAUUAG